UGUAUACUGAAAAAUAAUUAUCAAGCCUUUUCUUUUCUUGUGUUUUCAUAUUUGCAGUGUUGGUUGACUGACAAUCUGAAGAUGAAAUGAGAGUUGCACGCUGAGUUCAUGAAAGUCUUGCGGGAUUUGAUAGCAAGAAAAAAAGUUUUGUGAGUGGUGAGAAAUUGAACAUCAAAGUUUAUCGUACAAUCUGCAAAAGCAAAGAUAAGAGGCAAUGACAGAUACAAUAGCGAUGGAUAUGGUGGUGGUAGUUUUGGAGGUGGAUGAAGCAGUAAAAAUGAUUAUGGUGGCAGAGGUGGAGGAAGGAGUUAUGGUGGUGGUGGAAAUGGGAAUGGAGGAUCACAUAGAUCAAGAGGAGGUGAUUACGGUGGUGGUGGGAGAGGGGUUGGUUGUAGUGAAGGUGGAGGAAGCUUUAGAAGUGGUGAUGAUGGAAGUGGAGGAAGUUGUAGUGGCAGUGGUGAUGGUGGAGGAAGCGGUGGACGUGGAAGUGGUGGUGGAAGAAGUGGAGGUGGUUAUGGUGACCGUGGAAGAAGAGGAAGAAAUGGUGGAAGUGGUGGUGGAAACGGAGAUGUUUAUGGUGCUUGUGGAAGUGAGGGAAUCUGUGGCGAUGGAAGUGGAAGCAGAGGUGUUUAUAGUGGAGGUGGAAGCGGAGGAGGGGCACUAGAUGUGGUGGAAGCGAAGGAGUAUAGGUUGUGGUGAGCAAAGAGGUGGUCUGGUGGUUGUUAGAAUUUAUGAUGACAGUUAUUGCUAUGGCGGUGAGGUUCACAUAUGGGGAUGAGGAAGAUAAUAAUGAAAAUUUUGCAAACUUUAAGUAAUUUAAGAGCGAAGGUGUUAUUUUUGUAUCUCAAUUGUAAACUUUUUAAAGUUUCUUCGAGUA